GGCGCAGCUAUCCAUCGCGACUACACCAGCUAUGCCGGAGAGUGGACUGGCAUCCGCUUUGUCAGAUGAGUUGACCUAUCAGAUAACUAGGACUCCGAUCCCUGCACCUACUUACACCGGAGCGGGGCCGGGAGGGUUCAGCAAUCAGCCAAUGAGCCCCGCCAAUGUCCGUGGUCCGGUUUGCUUAUAAACCCGGCUAUGUCCUCUUCAACGUUAGUAUGUGAGUUGUUCGAGUCGUUUGCUGUGAGACUCGAUCCUCUCUCAGUCAAACACAACGCCAUUGAUUGGAAAUGAAAGCCCUGAGGGCAUGUCGUCAAUCUCGCCAGUCCAAGCGCAAAUGCGCUCGGAAAGAUCCCGGUGAAGGGUGUGAGCCAUGCCGCAAGCGACGUCUACGAUGUAGCGCUGCCACCUCAACCCCAGCGCCGAUCUUCGAGCCUCAACCCGAGACUCCCAAAUUGCAAAGCACUGAAGGCCCGCCUUGUGCGAUCCUAUCAGAAGAUGCAGUCAGGGAACUCGUUGAACACUAUCUCACCAGAAUCCACGGCGGAUGCCACAGCAUCUUCCACCCAGCGACCCUUCGAGCCCAAGUCUCCAACAAGACAUUGAAGCCAUUGUUGCUACAUGCAAUAUGCGCAAUAGGCUCCAAGUUCUCCAGUCAAGCGGAGCUUCGAGAUAAAGAGGGGCAGCUGGCGGCAGAGGCGAAGCGUUUGCUACAUGCGGACCUGGAGAAUAUUUGCAUCGAGAACGUUCAGACUUGUAUCCUUCUGGCGAUGCUGAGCUCUGGUAACUGCCAGCCAUCCUCUGAGGCGCUGUAUGUGGGCAUCGCAAUCAGCAUGAUCGGAAUCCUAAAGAUUGAACCGAGAUGUACCUCCAGCACCUCUCAUACUAUCGACGAAACCUCAAGAAGGGUAUGGUGGUCACUGUACAUCGCAGAACGGUGGUGUUCUUCCGGCCUGGGCAUCCGCUGCAGGUUGGACGACGCCGAGGAUCCAUGCGAGAGUAUCCCGCCCAUGGACGAGCAUGCGUACCACGCCCUUUUACCAGAGGACCAGGAUACCAUCUCUACUUUCAGUCGGAAAUCUGGUAUUUGGGCUUACAUGCUUCGCCUCGUGAGUUGUUUUGCUCCGAUCCAGGAUCUCAACCGUCGCAUCGCCAAAGGGCAACUAUCGGUGUCUGAAAUCGAACUACGUGUGGUUGGUCUCGAAGAUCAGUUAGACUCCUGGCAAAUUGGUCUCCCUUCCGAAUUGAAGAUGAAUGUGGAGAAUCUUGGUGCCCAUCUACAAAAGAAUGUGGCCAGGCAGUUUCUUGCUUUGCAUUUGACAUACCAUCAUUUCACAACCUUGCUUUACUUUCACUUCCUCGAAGGCUAUCAUGAGCGCACCGUUCUUGCCCCACACAACAACUACACCAAACAGUGCAAGUACCACGCAUCGUCAUUCAGCAACCUGCUCCGCCUCUCUCGCCAGAUGAGCGGCUCCGCAGUCGAGUAUCCAACUAUCGGGCAUAUGGCUGCCGUAUCGUCGUCCGUGUUGGUCCACGUUCUCCUCUUUGGUGACCUCCAAGAGCUUCCAGAUGCUCGCGAGAAGCUGGACUCGAAUUUCGACGCUUUGAUGGAACUUCGGCGGUAUUGGCCAGCAACGGAAGCAAUGAUACAUAGACUGAAGUUCUUUCAAAGCAUCUGUCUGUUUACUCUAGAGUCUUACAAGCUCGAUGUUUGGAUGGUGAGGUUUCUACUGGAACAUUCUCGCGCGCUCGAGCGGAGGGAGUUGAAGGUUGUGCCCCCCGAUCUACGUCUAGAUGGUUCGAACAUGUCGCCGCGGACCGAGCAGCUAUCGAAAGCGGGGAGGUAUACCGACUUUUCGUCACUGCAUAAGACCUGA